CGGAUGUGAGUCAGUGCAAAGUUUAGUUUACUCUCAGCUGACAGCUCGACCGGCUCUGCACGAUCCAAAGGAGAGAGAGAAAAAAAUCCACCGAGCUAUGGUUUUGUUUUGUUUUUAAGCCUCGAGAAAGCGCCGCUGCAUGCCUCGGUUCAUAACGGAAGUUGAACCGGACGGGAUGGCCUCCUCGUGGUGGGAGCACUUUUCUGUGUCGGUGAGUAACAGAACUGUAGAUAGGGACAACACGAGCUGUUUCAGUGCUACUCAGAGCACCGUCCUCAAGGGGGUGAACUUUGGAGGAGUGCCCAUCGUUCUGCUCAUCGACUUCUCACUCUUCGUGAUACUGCUAAUGGUCUUCACUCUGAUCAGAAGGAGACUGUGGGAUCAUGGGAGACUCGCUCUUGUCGCAGAGACUGAAAGGUUCAGACAUGCUACUAAACGGCGUUACAGUAGAAUGACAUCAUCCAUGUCCGGCGAAGAGCCCGAAUAUGAAAAGGGUUGCUGCUCCUGGAUCAACUUCAUCGUCAAUAUGGAUGAGACUUCAGUCCAGGAGAAAUGUGGGGUGGAUGCAGUACAUUAUCUGUCGUUUCAGAAACACCUGGUCAUCCUGCUCUUGAUCAUCUCUGUGCUUUCUGUCACCAUCAUCCUACCAGUCAAUCUAUCUGGCAACCUGCUGGGCAAUGAUCCCUACAGUUUUGGGAGAACUACCAUAGGGAAUCUUAAGCAGGGUGAUAUGCUGCUUUGGCUGCACACAGUAUUUGCAGUUCUGUAUCUCAUGAUUACCGUGGCCCUGCUGAGACGGCAUACCUCUAAAAUGAAGGGAACCAAGAGAGAGAUAGCUAGAAAUACCCUGUUUGUGAGGCCUGUACCCACUGCAGCCAGUAAAGAGUGUAUAAAAACUCACUUCAUGGAGGCGUACCCUACCUGUCAAGUGACUGAUGUUAACUUGUGUUAUGAUGUUGCCAAACUGAUUGCCCUCAACAGAAACAGAAAACAUGCCGAAAAAAACCUGCAACAUUACAAUAAGAUACUGCAGCGGCAGGGACACCGUGAGGUCAUCAACCCGCGCUCGUGCAGCCACCUGUGCUGCUGCCACUGUAAGGGCUGUGAAGAGGUUGAUGCUAUAGAGUUCUACAGCUCACAGGAAGCUGCUUUGCGUGAGGAAGAAGACAAACUGAAGGAGAGGGAAGAACUGCGUCCUCUGGGAAUGGCAUUUGUCUCUCUGCAAAAUGAGUAUAUGGCCACUUAUAUUCUGAAAGAUUUCAAUGCACUGCAAUGUGGAGGCGGGGUUAGGGGUGUGGCCGGAGAAGAAAUGGGCCGGGUAAUCAGGUGUGGGUGUGGCCGGGAGCCUCAACCUUCCUCUAAGAGCGCAGAACUGAGGGUGAACAAAUGGAAAGUGAAUUACGCUCCUCACCCGUAUAAUAUCUACUGGGAGAAUUUGUCAAUACGCGGGUGGCGAUGGUGGCUACGCUUUGUGGUGCUUAAUGUAGCACUCUUUGUCCUUCUCUUCUUCCUCACAACGCCCUCCAUCAUCAUCACCACCAUGGACAAGUUUAAUGUCACCAAGCCCAUUCACUAUCUGAACAGCGCCGUUAUCAGCCAGUUCUUCCCCACUAUUCUGCUGUGGACCUUCUCGGCCCUGUUGCCCACCAUAGUCUAUUACUCUACACUCGGAGAGGCCCACUGGACCAGGUCCAGCGAAAAUAUGAGCAUGAUGUACAAGCUCUACAUCUUCCUGAUCUUCAUGGUUUUGAUUUUGCCCUCACUGGGCCUCACCAGUCUAGCCGUGUUUUUCCGCUGGGUGUUUGAUAAGCAGUCUGACGGGAAGCUGAAGUUCGAGUGUGUGUUUUUACCUGAUCAGGGGGCGUUCUUUGUAAAUUACGUGAUUGCGGCGGCUCUGGUGGGCUCGGGCAUGGAGCUGCUGCGGUUGCCAGGGUUGCUGCUCUACAUCGUGCGUCUGGCACUCGCGCAUUCAGCUGCUGAGAGGAAAUAUGUUAAACAGAAUCAGGCGUAUGAGUUCGAGUACGGAGCGAUGUACGGAUGGACUCUGUGUGUGUUCACGGUCAUCAUGGCGUACAGCAUCACCUGCCCUGUCAUCGUUCCCUUCGGAUUGCUGUACCUGCUGCUGAAACACCUGGUGGACAAGCACAACCUGUAUUUUGCUUACCUGCCCGCCCGCCUUGAUCGGCAGGUUCACCUGGGAGCUGUCAAUCAAGCUCUGGCUGCACCAAUCAUAUGCCUGAUUUGGCUUUAUUUCUUCUCUGUGCUCAGAACAGGCUUCAGCGCGGCUACGUCAAUGUUCACUUUAGUGGUUCUGUGUGUGACCAUCUUUAUCUGUUUAAGUUACACCUGCUUCGGACAUUUCAAAUACCUCAGUCCGCACAACUACAAUGUUAAGGAGGAGGAAGAAGACGCAGAUAGAGGUUCACAGAGCUCAUCUGCAUCGGUUUAUCUUCCCAAAGUUUUGAACCCAGAUGCAUCAUCUGAAUCUGAUGAGUGCAGCGUUCACCAUUCAUACGGCACCACAGACACGAGUCCGCCCUUCCUCAGCACUGAGGAAGACUGUCCAGACUCGGAUAUCUAACAACAAUAAUCAGUUACCAUAUCAAGCGAUCACAACUGCUUCUUACUGCGUUGGAGGUCAGUGUGGAAAUGGAGGGGAUUUACUUUUAAAAACAGGAUCUUUUCGGAGAUCAACCUAAAGUAGCUUUUUGGAAUCAGUUCUACUCGCCGAAGACUUUAAAAGCUUUUCUAAAUUGCCAUUUAAUCGCUGUCCAAACAUUUCUACAAAAUCAGCUUUACCAAUGAGCGCUUGCCAAGGAAUACGAAUACAGCACGAGUGCAUCGAAACACUUGAACUGACACGUUCGUGCCUUGUUGGAAACAACACACUUUUUGUAACCGCAAUCGUAUGUGUGUGAGAGUGAGAAAGUGAGCUUCUGUAUUGUUUCUCAUUUUCUUUUUUAAAGCAAGGUUUUAUACAAAUGCUAAUAUAUCGAUGCUGACAGAUAGCUCAGUGUUUGCAUGUGAGAAUGACUCGUCACUAGGUGGCACUGUUGCUUUCUGCUCGAUCUGGUUCUUCUUAGAGCAGUUCAGACUGAAGCAGAGAGAUGUUUCGCUUUCAAUACAAGCUAAACUAAAUGUUUUGUCAUGAUGUCAAUUGUUAGAGAAAACAAUUUUUAUGAAAAGUACGCAAAGAUUGUAUUUACAAUAAGGCAUUUUUUUUGAUUAGCAUGAUAAAAUAACUUGCUUAUCAUGUCUGCUCAACUUCUAUAUCCUGAUCACAGCACCAAGAAAAGAGUGUUUACGUGGAGCAAUUCUAAUAACACUAUUAACUAGAAACUACUUUGUUGAAACAAACUUCGCAGAGCAGAUAAGAAGCAAGGAUUUACUAAAGAAUUCAUGUAAGAGCUUUAACAAACGCAAGAAUCUUAUUGAUUCCUUUAGCUGUAAUGCAGGGGGAAGAUACUGCAGAUAACGCCUGCGUUUGUUUUUGUUCUGUAUGUUCAUUAUAUGAGUGGAGCAGAAACUGAAUUUAAAGGGCUCAACCUCCGAGCGUUGAGUCUCAUAUUCUUAAGCCUCAGAGUUUCCUGGAAAUGGAUGAAUGAACGUCCUCCAAACACACACACAUUUGACACAUUUCUCCUGACUGCGGUCUUCAGCUCAUUAGGCGGGAUAGAGCCAAAUCGUCUUACUGUAACACCAUAAGAAGGCCACAAACUUGAGUGACCGGCUCUAAACACCAGGAUCAGCGUUCAAAACGGCAUAAGAACAGAAACUGAUCCAAUGAGAGAGAGAGAGUGAGAGCGUGUCAAGCUUUAUUCACAUUAUGAAAUGUUAUAUAUAUAACAGGUACCAUGGGGAAUAAAAAAACAUGGUAAUA